CGUUCCGCUAUCGGAUCGGCAUUCAACAAAGGUUAGCUUCAAAAGAUUUUCGUCAGGUGAAAAUACCGCUGGGUCCAAUAAUACAACCUGUGUUUAUAUUCCGGUAUUUACAAGUUUAAGGCUAAUUUCGGGAUUAAAUAUCGCGGUUUAUUACAAAGUUUUGACAAGACAUUUAAUUAAGCCAUGUUGGGGCUGCCACCGAUACCUACAUCUUGAGAGGUUGAACUGAAUAACCGGACAACUAUUCGGUUCAGUUAGGACGCACCCCCGGGGUUGACUAAUCAUGUAACGAAUACACACAGGUGUUUUAUACUUAUCUAGCCAUCCAUGUACAUGUUUGUUCAUUCAUAAACUUACGUUCCUUUGUGACUCAGACAAACUCUGGUAUUUGUUUAUCGUUCAAUACAGAUUAUAUUGAACAUAAAAGUGGUCGAUAUUUAACUGCAGUUUCACAAGUGUCGGGUAUUAAUCAGUUAAACAACCCACAUAAGGCAUUUAAAAGGAUUUAUAAGGAGAAAGAGAGACGUUUAGAAAUGUGAAAGUGACUCUGGAUUUGUAAUAGUAAUAAGAAUUUUAGUGAGCUACAGGAAUGUGGAUUUACUGAAGAGGAACAUUGUAGUUGUUAGGUAAACGACUGGAUAUAAUACGAAAUGUCGGAUAUUGAUUCUGCUGAAAAUGGCAGUAUAUGUUCUGCCACAGGUUCUAACGCGUCUGGCGAUGUCCAGAUCACCGAAGAUACUAACUUUAAAAUAGAACCAGACACGGCGUUUGACGAUGCGAUAAAUAAAUUGGAUGAGUUAAAUCUGGAACCAGACUCAGAUAUACCAGAAAUGACUUCCGGAGAAGCAGACGACACUGGAUCACAUGGAGAGGAUUCAGACGGAAGUAAAGACAAUAAAGCCAAAGCGAAAGGUGUCACCAUUCAGUCUAGUAAAGAAGAUGGGAAAAAACCGUUAACAAAAAGUAGUAAAAAGGCCUCAUUAUUUGAUCGAUUAAAACAAUUAACGAAAUUUGAAAAGAAACAAAAAGGAACGCUUGACAGUAAUUUAUCAAAAUUUCGCGGAAUAAAAGUGGACAGGCUGCCAGUUUAUUUCGUAGCAAAGUAUAUAGGGCAUAUGGAAACAAAGGGGGUGUACGGUCUAGAGCACGUGCGGGGACCAGUUGACGAAUUCAUUGCCAAAGUUAAAGAUGACCUCGUGUCGAUGGACAGAGUUGAGUUACCUCUGUGUUACGUGGUGUUCUCGCCGAAGGGAAUUGACGUCAGAGAACACCCGUCAAAUAAAGUUAAAGAAGGGGUGAGCUUCGGUCUUCAUCCUAUUGACUUUAUUUCUUACGGUGUCCAAGAUAUGAAAUAUUGGCGGGUGUUCAGUUUUAUUGUCGUCAAUGAACUUGGGUACAAAAAGAAGAAGACCGAAUGUCACGCCUUUAUUGCAGACUCUACACAAAAUGCUCGGAAAAUGGCACUAGCUCUUGGUGCUUGUUUUUCGGUAUAUAAGAAAAAAUUGCGAGCUGAAGGGAAGGCCCAUAACUUCCAGGUAGAGUUACGUCCCCCUGACGAACUAGCAGGUGAUCUGCAGAACGACGUUGAUGCAUAGCCGCCAGUAUCAUGUAUUCUUUUGUUGGAUGUUUAGAUGUUGAAUGUUUUCUAGUGGUACGCCUUCAUUCUACGUUUUAUAUUUCAAGAUAUAGAUAAGAAAAUAUUACAUUUAAGAGUCUCGGAUUACCUCGUGUUAUUUUAACCCGUGUCGUGCUGAAUUUUUAUAAUGAACUUGAAGUUUCAGUUUGGACAGUACCAUUACGUGUUAAAAGGGGUGCUUACCAAGAAGAUGUUGACUGAAUGGCGAACAGUGCAGAUCAUGAUCAGACUGCACGGAUGUGCAGGCUGAUCUUGGUCUACACUGGUCGCAAAGGCAGAAUCAAUCGCGUCCAGCAUGAUAAUGUUUAAGAAACUUAAUAUUCAUAUUUAGGUAUCAGCAUUUUUAAGAAUACGCAUUAUUUCGCAUGGUUCCCCUGUUUAUUCAAGUUAUAGUUCACUCUGAACUUAAUCUAUAUUUAUGUGCUUGUAAAUGAUAUAGCAUGAACUAAAGAAUGUUGAAAAUGGUCACGCUUUUGUUUCGAUACCGACGACACGCGUUUUGGCGUUAAUUUUGACGUAAUGUCAUUUUUCAAGUAUUAGACGGACCCUUGCUGUAGCAGACACAUGUUUCCAUUUGUUUAAUUAAGUCAGGUUAUGUGACAGUUGUAUUUGGAAUGGAAGACUCGUAAAAAGUGACAUCUACCAAAGUGAGAUAGCUUUACAUUUUGCUUAUGUAAACAAUUCCAUAUAUGGUUAGGGCUUGUUAAUUUGUUUACGCGUUUGAUGUUUAGUACCCAAAGAAAUUAGAUAAAGUCAUUUUUGAUAAAUUGUGUGUGUAUAUUGAUAUCCAGGUGUCUGGAGUGCCAACCGCAUAUAGUCUUAAAAUGUAUGAUAUAGUCACAUACACAGAUUUAAGUUUCAAUAGCAGUAUUAUAUGUAAACCUCAUAUUUGAUCUGGUCUAUGUUCAUAUUAUUUUAUUCUGUAAUUGGAAAAAAAGAAGAAAUUUAAGCUUUAAUUAUGUUAAACCAUUCCUUUGUACGGUUGUAUAUAGACAUAUAAUACUGCAGAUUAUAUUACAAUAUAUAGAAAACAAAAUUAUGGUAACUCUUUUAGUCAGAUUCUGACGCACUGUUUAUGUCAAUCGUCAAGUUAUACAAAUAAAGCAUUAAGACUAAAUCGAGUGGUCCGAGCGAAACUAGCCUAACUGCAAGUACACAAAGAAGGACUUAGUGCUGUUUCGCUCUCAGUCCUCGAAAUGGGAAAGGUAAUUUUGUAAGGUUAGAACUUUGAAUAUUUAUUAAACAUAUUUAAAAAAAAUAAACAAUUACCAUAGAAAUUAACCAAAACUUCGCCUUGCAUGUUAAGCUUGCCGUAUUCUCAGGUUAAUACAUGAAAUAUAUUUUAUUUACGAAAUACAGCCUACGAAGUCAUGUUCAACGUGAUACUUUUACCUUUUGUUUGGAUAUUUUAAUCGGGUAUAGUUUUUUUCCACGGUUUAGUCAUCGUUUUAAAUCAAGGAUUGUCGUGACUAAAAUAUUUCAUAUUAGAUUUUUGUGUUCAUCAGCUUGUAUAAAAUGUAUUAAAGACAUUAAAUUUUGUUUAAAUGG